GUCCCGUUCGGUGGUCGUGUGGCUAUAGAGAGUAAUCUUCGUCGUCGUCGUCGCCGUCGCCGCCGUCGUCGUUGUCGUCGUGGUGCCGUUUGUCAUCGCAACAUUUGCACGCAGCAGCAGCAGCAGCAGUAGCAGCGUCACGACGAUCCGUUACCAUAGGCUGCUUGGUUCGACGGCCGUCCGUCCGUCUGUUCUGGCAAGUGCGUACGAAUGUGUGUGCGCGACGAGGCGUCGUCUUUCGGGGGUUGCGCCGCGUGUUGAAUUCCUAAACGAUUGCAAAUUGCAUUUGCUAGGGGAGCGAAAAAACGAAGUCGCAGUUUUGUUUUUCGUGUUUUCAUGCUGCAAGCGAAUUAUGGUUGGCCACGGCUGGGAGAUAAAGUGUAACGGAAUUUAACUGGAAGUUAGCUGAAAUGUUUCAAUUUGGGAGAUGCGUUGCUAACAGAUGGAUUCGAAUUACCACACGGCUAAACUGAAGCGAGAAAGCGGCGGUGUCAGUGAGCGAAUGCCAAGUGCAAGAAGAACAAGAAGCGAGAGCUAAGCUAAAUUUAACCCGUCUCGCGCGGUGUGACAUCGAGGAGUUUUCCCCCGUUUCUGAUCGGUCGCAACUUGGUGAAAAGCAACAACCAAAAUAAUAAAAAAAAACCCGCACACACGGCAAAAGUGGGUAAAAAAGUAAAGUGCAAAAGAAAGCAACCAGAAAGAGAAAAGGCGAAAAAUAGUGAUGAUCCCUGCCCAAGAAUAGUUCGGUGGUUUUGCUUCAGGGCAAAAGGAAAUUAUUAUGAUGAAAGUAAAUUAAAAUCCCGUAAUUUUAUUUUUCGCUAAAUUCACCCAAGGGUGUGCGCGUGAGUGUGUACAAAACACGGUGUGGUGGAACGUGUUUUGAAGUGUAUUUAUUUUUAGCAGGUAAUCAGAUUUUUCCCCUCGUGAAAAAAAGAAGGGAGAAAGGCGAUUUUUUUCCCCGAGCACCAAACCAAAAGUGUGACAAGUGUGUUCCUAGAGUUAUGUUUGAUCCAAGGCAAUGCUAAAAUUUCAUGUGAUAGAAUGUCAUCCGGAGGGCCUAUGAUUAGCCGCCCCGUGCAUGCAUAAUUGAUUCGUGAAAUGGUGAGAAGCUGAAUGCUAGAAGAGAGCGGCGAAGUGAGACUACACCGAAGAGUGUCAGCUGUUAGUUUUGUUCGUUUUUAAAAGCCGUGUGAGGGAAAUUUUGUGCUUCGAAAAUAACGCACGCUAAUCGCUAUGGAAUCAGCUCGAUCAAGCCUCCGUGCGGCAAACGGAUCCGAUAGUCGCAGUUAGCAGUGUCGUAGAACCUCUAGUCUACUAGUCUCCGCGCUACAACAUCGAAUUAUGCACAACUAGCCUAACUAAACAAUCACAACCGAACAAGGAAAAAAAGCGAAACAAAAAAAAACUCUACUAGACGAUCCUUCCGGACGGAACGAAUCGUUCUCCAGCUAAAAUCUCGUCUCUUCAAAUUUUCGUUUCUCCCUCUCUCUUCUCUCGCGUAUCGCGUUUGUUGUUGUUUCUCACUAGUCUGACAUCGACCGGCACCCGGCUGCUGUCAAACGCCCACGGUACUCUUCGCCGCGACCGAAAACGCCUCCAGAUCAGCACUAGUCCUCGGUACGGCUCAGACUCGAUCGGCUGCCAACUGCCAUCAACUGGACAAGAAAGCAUUCGGAGAUCUUUCGACUUCGUUCCACUAUCUCACCUCCCGCUAGUAGUAGUGGUAGCAACAGCAGUAGAGUAAAAGUAGUAAUAACAAAUAGACAGUAGAACUGAUAACCCUUUGAUAGAACACCUCGUAGGAACCAAACAAAUAAAAAAACCCGAAGAACUGACCGACUCACCAACCAACAUCCGGCAGAGCACACACAGCACGCACUAACCGCUUAUUUAGGACCCUCCGUCUCACAGCACGCGCGUUCGCUCGCAAAACUUUUGGCCACUCUUCCACCAGUAGUUUCCAGUAGCUCUGACAUAGCCACCACAAACAAGAUCACGAGCAGCACAAUCACCCCCCUAACCAAUCAUGGCAACGAGUUUCAGCGUCCGUAGGCCUCUGCAGCUCGGCGUCAGCGUCAGCGUUCUGCUCAUGAUCGCGUUAUCAACGGCAACAGCGUCAGUAAAUAAUGGUGGCAGCAGCGGCACUCCGGCGAAUCAGUCGGUCCAAGCGACAGUGACUUCCAGUGGGCGCCAGGCGGACGAUGAAAUCACCUGCGAGGAUGGUUUGCUACUGUCCGUCUGGGAACCGCAGGAGAAUCUAACCGCGGGCGACCGAAUCGCACGCGGUACGGUGUACUUUCUGGCGCUGGUCUACCUGUUCAUCGGUGUGUCGAUCGUCAGUGACCGAUUCAUGGCUGCUAUUGAAGUUAUAACCUCGAAGGAGAAGGAGGUCAAGGUGAAGAAAGCGAACGGCGAGGUGCAAAUCGUCGUCGUUCGGGUUUGGAAUGAAACGGUGGCCAACCUUACGCUGAUGGCGCUAGGCUCGAGCGCGCCUGAGAUUUUGUUGUCCGUCAUCGAAAUCAUUGCUAGGAAAUUCAAGGCAGGUGACUUGGGUCCCGGUACUAUUGUGGGUUCGGCUGCCUACAAUCUCUUCGUUAUCAUCGCAAUUUGCGUCCUGGUUAUACCAGACGGGGAGGUGCGCAAAAUUAAACAUUUACGAGUAUUCUUCGUGACGGCGACCUGGUCAGUAUUUGCCUACAUUUGGCUCUACCUAAUCCUAGCCCAGAUUACCCCCGGACGGGUUGACGUGUGGGAAGGUUUCCUCACGUUCCUGUUCUUCCCUACUACCGUUAUCACGGCCUACAUCGCCGAUCGGAGAUUAUUGGUUUACAAGUACAUCAGCAAACAGUAUCGCAUGAACAAACGUGGUGUCAUUAUCCAGGCUGAGGCAGAAUCGGCUCUAGAGAUGAAUAAUCGGGACGAGAAAUUGAAUACUAUCGAUGAGAACGGCGGCAUUACGGAGGAGGUACGCGACUUUGAGGAGUCCCGUCGCGAGUACAUCUCCACGUUGAAGGACCUUCGCAAGAAGUAUCCACAGCACGACCUCGAACAGCUCGAGGUGAUGGCACAAGAACAGUUGAUGAAUAAAGGGCCCAAGUCACGUGCGUUCUACCGCAUUCAAGCGACCCGCAAGAUGAUGGGCAGUGGCAACAUUAUGCGGAAGAUCUCCGAACGGGCGCAGUCCGACCUGAGCGAGGUUAAGGCCGAACUGCAGCGCGUUGACGUCGAUGAGGUCAUCGAAGAGGACGCCGUAUGUAAGGUGUUUUUCGAACCGGGGCACUACACAGUCAUGGAGUCGGUCGGUGCGUUCGAUGUUCGCGUGGUUCGUCGCGGUGAUUUGGCUUCCGCAGUGACGGUCGAUUACGAAACGGAGGACGGUUCCGCCGAAGCCGGUUCGGAUUACAUUGGCAAGAAGGGUACGCUUACGUUCCCGCCGGGCGUCGACGAGCAGCGCUUCCAGAUCGAGGUCAUCGACGAUGAUGUGUUCGAGCAGGAUGAACACUUCUACAUCCGGCUCAGUAACGUAUCGGAUCCGGCGACACUGUCGACGCCCAAGGUCGCCACCGUGAUGAUCCUGGACGACGAUCACUCCGGUAUCUUUGCUCUGGUUAGCAAGGACCACGAGCUGAUCGAGUCGGUUGGCGUGUACGACCUGAAGGUGCAACGGUACAGCGGUGCCCGCGGUAAGGUCCGGGUACCGUACUGGACCGAGGAUGGCACCGCCAAAAGCGGCAAAGACUACGAAGAGCAGCGCGGUGAACUGAUCUUCGAGAACAAUGAAGUCGAGCAAACCAUCCAGCUGGGCAUCAUCGAGGAGGGAAGCUACGAAAAGGACGUGCUGUUCUAUGUGAACCUCGGCGAGCCGCAACAAAUCGGAGACGAACUGGCAGGCAUCAUCGAGGCGGCGGAGGCGAAACCCGCGGAAGAACUGACAGAGGAAGACAAAAUGGCGCUACUCGGCAGGCCCAAAGCUGGUGAUAUUGUCAGGGCACAACUUAGGAUAAAAGAAAGUAAAGAAUUUAAGUCGCUCGUUAAAAGGAUAGCAAUUCUAAACAACACCGUAGAUAAGCUAGUCCAGCGAGCGAACGCUUCGCUGCUGAUUGGUACCUCAUCGUGGAAGGAGCAGUUUGUCGAAGCGCUCACCGUCAGUGCCGGAGACGACGAUGGCGACAACGAAGGUGACGAGGCACCCCCGCCGAGCUGCUCGGACUACAUUAUGCAUUUCCUUACCCUCUUCUGGAAGAUCAUCUUUGCGUUUAUUCCACCAACAGAUAUGGCCGGAGGCUAUCUCUGCUUCGUUAUUUCCAUCUUCAGUAUCGGCGUGGUAACGGCCAUAAUCGGUGAUGUGGCAUCACACUUCGGUUGUACAUUGGGUAUCAAGGAUUCGGUCACUGCCAUCAUCUUCGUCGCCAUGGGAACGAGUAUACCGGACACGUUCGCCAGUAAGGUCGCUGCCAUUCAGGAUAAAUACGCCGACGCCAGUGUCGGUAACGUAACGGGCAGUAACGCCGUCAAUGUGUUCCUCGGUAUCGGUCUCGCCUGGACUAUCGGUGCCUGCUAUCACGCCUUCCAUGGGCGAUAUUUUGAGGUGCAGCCUGGAACGUUGGCUUUUUCGGUGACUCUAUUCUGUACGGAAGCCUUUGUAGCGAUAUUUGUACUGAUGCUGCGCCGAAGCCCGAAGAUCGGAGGCGAGUUGGGUGGCCCGAAAAAACCCAAAUACCUAACGGCUAUGUUCUUCUUCUCGCUGUGGCUCAUUUACCUGAUUUUGAGCAGUUUAGAGGCGUACGGAGUCAUCAAAGGAUUUUAAGCGAGGAACGUGACAAACGAUCGGAGAUCGGAGAGCUUCGCACGCACGCGUCAAAGGCACACACACACACAACACACAGUCACACUAACAUACACAUACAUAUACACUGACUCAUUCGCAGCAGCACCGACAGUAUAUCGAUUCCAUGUAUUUUCCUGCUUUCCGAGGAUUUUUUUUUGUAAUGAUCGUGCGAGAGAAGCCUACCGUAGAUAGGGAAGAGCUAAUGUGCCCGCUCUCUCCAGAGUCCAAAAGUCAAUAAUUUAUUUAGACUAUUUAUAUUUAAGUGAAGGAACAAACCUUUAGCCCUAGGGAGGAAUCACUUGUUAUUUCCUAGAAGCGAACGGCAACAAAAUAGUUACUUAAAUUCUGCAGGUUUUAUCGAAUGAAAAACAAAACCCUCAAAUAUCAUAUUAUAUUGUACCAACUUACGGCAAUUCGCAAGUUAAUUACAAGACAUUUUAGUUUAUCCUACCUGUAUUGUUGAUAAUUUGUAAGCGUAACGUUAACGAGAAAGAAUUUAAGAAACACAAUAAAAGCGGAAGCCGUCUUCCCCGUGGCCGGAGCACAUUUCCGGCCGGUGCGGCGUGAAAAAACGUAAAUAAAAAACAAAAUAGGAAACGAAAAAAAAA